AUGUCAAAAUAUGAUACUAAACAUAUCGAUCAUCCGGUGUUAAGAGAUAUUCCAACUUCCUUGGGAGAGCUUAAACAUAGAUUCUUGACUCAGCCUUACAGGGAGAUUACAAUCUUGAACCCUCCCGAGAAGAGCAAUGUGGUCGAUGAGGAUACGGAGUUGGCUCCUGUGAAUGAACGUACUGGGAUGGAUAAGUACUGGGCUAUUGUCACUACUGGUGCAGGUCUUUUCUCCGAUGGUUACAUCAACAAUUCUAUCAGUACUGUAUCGUUGUGUUUGUCCCUUAUCUAUGGGGACCAGUAUACCAAUUCUCGUGCCAUUCAAAAUGUUUCUUCCAUUGCGUUUGCUGGUACUGUGGUUGGGCAAUUGAGUUUUGGUUAUAUUGCGGAUUAUUACUCACGUAAAGCUGCUAUGUUGAUUGGUACCACCAUGCUGAUCUUGCUUUCGAUCCUGUGUGCUGGUGCCUGGGGAGUUGGUACCACUGGUACUAACGCUGGUGGGUUAUUUGCAGCUAUCACCGCUUAUAGGUUCUUCCUAGGUAUUGCUAUUGGUAGUGAAUAUAGUUCUAGUUCACCAGCAGCUGCUGAAGCAUCGAAUUUGUUGCCUGCAGGUAAAAGAAACAGAUACUUUUGUCUUUUCACUAAUUUUAUGAUUGAUUUUGGGUUUGUUAUCAGUGCUUUCGUGCCAAUGGUUUUAUUGUGGAUCUGUACUCCCAAACAUUUGACACCUGUAUGGAGAAUUACCAUUGGUUUGGGUGCUCUCCCACCCAUUACUUUGUUUUACUUCAGAUUGAAGUAUAAAGAAAGUGCAGCAUUCAGAAAGACUAAGUUUAGAAAAGUUAUGCCUUAUUGGAGAUUGAUCAAAUUUUACUGGUUCAGAUUAGCCGUUGUGUCUAUCAUUUGGUUCUUGUACGAUUUCUCCGCUUAUGCUUUUGGUACUUACUCUUCGAUUAUCAUCAAUAUUGUCUUGGGUGAGGACGCUUCUCUUUACAAGACUUUUGGUUGGAACGUUGUGUUUAAUUUGUUCUACAUUCCUGGUGCAUUCUUGGGUGCUUUCUCUGCAGAUUGGUUUGGUCCUCGUAAUACUUUGUUUGUUGGAUUACUCCUACAGGCAGCUCUUGGGUACAUCAUGGCUGGUUGUUUGGAGCAUUUACGUCAACACAUUGCCGGUUUCGUUGUCGUGUACGGUAUCUUUAUGACCUUGGGUGAAUUUUCUGCAGGUGAUAAUAUCGGUCUUUUGGCUUCCAAGGCGUUUUCUGUCCCAGUGAGAGGUACCCUUUACGGAUUCGCUGCUGCUAUCGGUAAAGUUGGUGCAUUUGUUGGUAGUUAUGUGUUCCCUGAUAUUAUUAAGAACGCUGGUGGUUAUGAUACCACUACCGGUUUACAGGCACCAUAUUGGGUGGCUUCCUCCUUGUGUAUCUUUUCAGCUUUGCUCGGUUAUUUCUUCUUGCCCGAUGUUGACCAGGAGGCUAGUAUGGAAGAAGAUGUUAAGUUUUUGGAAUAUUUGAAGAGUACUGGUUACGAUAUUUCACAACUGGGUUACGAUAACGAAACGAAGAUUAAACUCGACAUUUCUGAUUCAUCACCUUCAUCCGACGGCGAUAUGAAGUUGAACACUAAGGAUGAGACUUUUGAACUGCAUUGA